AUGCUUCGUAUGCUCUGGAAUAUUGCCUCGGGCCUUGUACACGGCCUUGCUUUACACAAGACGUCUCGUACCGGUAUGGCAGGGUUGCAUUAUCCAGCGGUGUGGAAAGCUCGGUCUGGAUUCCUUGACUGUGAUGUGAACCUACACCUUAACAACUCGUCGUAUCUCUAUAAUAUGGAGCUCGCUCGCUGGCACUUCACUGCGGCUAAUGGCGUCCUUUGGCAAGCCGUGAAACAUCAGCGAAUGUUCUUAGCGGCAUCCCAAGCCAUUCGGUUUCGCCAUGGCAUUCUUCCGUUUCACGCGUAUGAAGUUAAGACACAAAUAAUAUAUUGGGAUGGACCUUGGAUCUACUUUUUGCAACAGUUCCAAGACUCAUCUAAUGGUAAGCAGUUUGCUGAAGGGUUGUGUCGGGUCAUGGUCAAACAGCGUGGAGAUGGCGUGUCACUUGAAAAAAUGAUCUGCGAGGUUUACGACGGGCCGAUUCCCUCUCAGCCUGCCAAGAUGCCCGAUGUUGUCAAAGGAUUUCUCGAGUGGGACGCGGCGAGUCGAUCAAGCAUGGAGAUGGCUCAUGAACGUCAGAAAGCCAACACUAGCAACAAUUCGGCGCCACCAAAGCCCAAGAAACUUGUAACUCGCAUCUGGAUGGAAAUGCAGCGCUCCAUGAAUCGUCCGUAA